AUGACAAUCGAUAGUAAUUUCAGUUUCGGUGCUGAGAGUAAUGAAUAUAAUGAUCUGCUUGCGGAGCUCCAUGCCCAUUACUGUCAAGCAGGUGGUCCUCAAGAUGUCCUGCAGUUCUGCGCCAACUUUUUCAACCACAAGCUCGAAGAGCAACGCGCUGCAUUCCGACAAGAAAAGCUACCGUUCGCACCAGGACUCAACGAACACCAACACCCUUUCCACCAAGACCCUCACCAACAGCAACAACAACAACAACCGCAAGUUGUGACGUACACUUACUCGGACGACGAAGAAGACGACGACGAAGAAUACGAUGAAGACGAGCAGAUGGACACUUUGGGCUCUCCCAUCUCAUUUGAACCCGCAGCAUACAAUCGCGACCGACGAGUGUCUGUGAGUGCCGAGAGCAUGACGCCGUCUUCAGGCAGCGACUACCCAAAGAAAGUGAUCCCAAAGUCAGCCGAGCAAUGCGAGCGGAUCAAGGUCAGCGUGGCAAACAAUUUCCUGUUCCGUAACCUCGACGAAGAGCAGUAUCAAGAUGUGGUGCAUGCCAUGGCCGAGAAACGGGUCCAACAGGACGAGAAGGUGAUUGAGCAAGGCGCUGUGGGAGAUUAUUUCUAUGUGGUCGAGUCGGGCACUUUUGAUUGCUACAUUGCCAAAGAUAAUCAACAAGGGGCGCCCGUCAAAGUCACCAGUUAUGAAGCUGGCGGCAGUUUUGGCGAGUUGGCGCUCAUGUACAAUGCCCCUCGAGCAGCGACUAUUAUUGCAACAUCAGACGCCGUCUUGUGGGCAUUGGAUCGUAUCACCUUUCGUACAAUUUUGAUGGAAAACACGUCUCGCAAGCGUCGCUUGUAUGAGUCGUUCCUGCGGGAGGUGCCCCUCCUGAAAUCGCUCGAGCCCUAUGAACGACACAAGGUGGCCGACGCUCUCGAGUCGGUGUACUUUAAUGAUGGCGAGGAGGUCGUGGUUCAGGGAGAUAUUGGAGAUCGAUUUUACAUGAUUGAAGCGGGCGAUGCGGUAGUUUACAAGGAUGGCACGGAGGUGAAUCGACUGGGACGAGCUGCUUAUUUCGGAGAACUGGCAUUGCUCAAUGAUAGUCCUCGUGCUGCAACAGUGGUGGCCCAGGGUCGUCUGAAAUGUGCCACCUUGGGCAAAAAAGCAUUUACCCGAUUGCUUGGACCCGUCCUCGAUAUCUUGAAACGUAACUCUGAAAAUUAUCAUGCCAUCAUCAACAGCCAGCACCAAGCAUCAUAA